AUGCAUAAACAAAACAUUGUACAUCUUCCGAAAAGGAGCCUGUACGAGCUACCGCUUAACCAAUACCAGACUGUACUUUCAUUAAGAAUUCUACAAGGACGUUUUGGACAGGUGCCAUUGGUGGAGCUACAAAAUUUCGUAGUGUUUCUACCAGGGAGAGCGACAGAACAAUUGCGUAUACAGGGAGCGAGGCCAGCUCUUUCGGAGACAAUCAAUUUCACCAUUUUAAGCUUAAGGAUCUACACGAAUAAAUAUGAUAAGCCUUAGAGAAUUAUCACUUAAAAAAGUUGCAGAAUCUGUAAAUUCAAUUGUUACUUUUACUAAUGUGUCACUAUUACGAUAGACACUUACUGUGGAAGUCAUCAAAUAUUAUGCAAAUUUUAAAUGGUCAAACAUAUUGCUUGAGGCACACGAUAAUCCUUUAUCAGAUAUUAUAAUUAUACAAUCAGUGGAGCAUACAAGGGAAAUACCUAGUGAAAUUCAUAGGAAGGCACUUUUAUAUCAAGCAAAUUUUGAAGACAUAUAUAUUUUUCCAAAGUAUUGUGUUUGGGUUGACAUUUGUUACAUUCCAGAAUAUAAUUUAAGAUUGUCUCGUGGUUGCUGUAAUGCAUUUAUGGUAGUAUUAGGUUUCAGGAAUCAAAAAAGAGCCAUUGUUCUUCGUGACCAUUAUCAUAUGGCAUUACAGGUUCUAUAAAUUCAUAGCUUAUACAGAUCUAAAUAUAUGUACUGCCAAAAUAACUUUUUGGAACUAUUGUUUGGUUUGAAAGACGAUUAUACUUGUGUAAAUGACCUACAUAACAUCGAUCAUGAUAAUAAUCUCCCAUAUUUUACGAGAUUCGUAGAUUCUGGUAACGAUGAUUCCGACAUUGACUUUUAAGAAUGUAUGUAAAUGUGCUUGCAUAUACU